CUUCCAAAGAGGAAGUGCUCGCGCACCGCGUGGCUAGUCUGUCGGAUGUAAACAAAGGCGUACUCCUUUCGAUUAAACCCAGAAAUAAAGAAAUACGCGACCGAGUUGCGGUGAGAUAACAGGGGCUGCUCGUCGUGUGGACUCCACACGGGGUUGUCUCUCACUGUCACAUUAGGCGCAUUUGUUAUUUAGCGAAUAAUCGCAAUGUUAGCGCGCCGGAGCAGCAGCCGUGCCCAUGGGUCCACGUAACAAUACGUCUCCACCGCAAAAACGUAACAAUUGACCCUUGGCCAGUCACGUGAUCCCCUUGCGGAGACAAGCAAGAUAUUUCAUUUUCUCUCCACUCUGUGGUUGCUCCCCAGAAAACAAGAUCAUGAAGUUUUUGGAUCUAUUUGGACGCCUGAAGUCUGUGGUUAUUGGAAUGAUUCAUGUCAAAGCCUUGCCAGGAACCCCGAUGGGUUGCAUGAAAAUGUCCCAGAUCACCGAAGAAGCCUGCAGAGAGGCAGAGAUGUACAGCAAAGCAGGGAUCGACGGGCUGAUCAUUGAGAACAUGCACGACGUCCCUUACUGUUUCUCCGUGGGCCCCGAGGUGUGCGCCUGUAUGACCGCAGUGUGCGCUGCUGUGAGAGGCGUCUGUCCUCGCCUGCCGCUCGGAGUCCAAAUACUGUCUUCUGCUAACCAGCAGGCCAUGGCCGUAGCUCUGGCUUCAGGUCUGGAUUUCAUCAGGGCCGAGGGUUUCGUCUUUUCUCACGUGGCCGAUGAGGGUCUCCUGAACGCCUGCGCUGGGGACUUGCUGAGAUAUCGCAAGCAGAUCGGCGCUGAACGCGUGCAGAUCUUCACCGACAUCAAAAAGAAGCACAGCUCCCACGCCCUGACGUCGGACGUGAGCAUCGAAGAGACGGCGCGCGCCGCCGAGUUCUUCCUCUCGGACGGACUCAUCAUCACAGGAGCGGCCACCGGAGCACAGGCGGACCCACGGGAGCUUCGAGAGGUUUCCCAGUGUGUGAAAAUCCCGGUGCUGAUUGGUUCCGGAGUGACCUACGACAACAUGGAACGCUACCUCGAUGCAAACGGAAUGAUCAUCGGGUCUCAUUUCAAGGAGGGAGGCCACUGGGCCAAUGCCGUCGACCCGGAGCUGGUGAAGAGGUUCAUGGGGAAGAUACGUGGCCUACGGGAAUAAGGGAAUAUCGCCUGAAAGAUGUUUACUUGUACUACGACUGUGUGCAGGGCCACAUUAAACACAUUCCACCUUAAGGAAACCAGAUGUUUAUUAUCAUUU